GAUUGUAACCGAUCGAGCCAUCAGGAACUUAUGUGCUACGGUGGAAAACUUGAUGCUGUUAGUCAAACUUGGCAAUUGGCAUUAGACGACAACGCCUUUCAUCUAGACUACCCACGUAAAUCUGCCACCCCCUCGCGAAUUCCCGUCGUCGCUCCGGCGUGCCCUUCCCCGGAGUUAUCCAUGACCCUCGUUGCUGAGGUGUCAACCACAUGCCAGGCGCAAGGAUGAGAAAGAAAUCUAAUAGUAGAAGAAUUAACCCCCUACCUCAACAACCUUCAAUGGCUUCUGCCUCUCCUUUUCUUCUCCAUUACAGAAAGAUCUCCGUCCUUGUCUUUUUAAUCCUAGUUGUUUGUUUAAUAGUUUUUUUAAAUACUUCAUCGACAAAGGAAGGCGUGUUUCAAUCCGAUAUGCCGUCUAAUCAGCUUUACACAGUCGAAGUGAUCAAUGAGUUCCCUCACGAUCCUGGCGCCUUCACGCAGGGACUGCUGUAUGCAGAAAAUGAUACCCUAUUUGAGUCUACUGGAAUGAAUGGGGCUUCAUCUGUUCGGAAGGUCACUCUGCAGACUGGCGAGGUUGAGGCUAUUCAGAAAAUGCAGUACUCUGACUUUGGGGAGGGCUUAACUCUUCUUGGUGAUAGGUUGAUUCAAGUAACUUGGCGGCAGAGUACUGGUUACAUAUAUGAUCGGCAUAAUCUGAGCAAAUUUGAGAAGUUCAGCCAUGGUAUGCCCGAUGGUUGGGGAUUGGCAACUGAUGGGAAAGUCCUUUUUGGAAGUGAUGGAUCUUCUACCCUGUAUCAGAUUGAUCCUCAAACUAUGAAAGUAGUUAAAAAACAAAUUGUAAACUAUCAAGGUGAUGAAGUGCACAGACUAAAUGAACUAGAGUAUGUUUAUGAUGAAGUUUGGGCAAAUAUUUGGAUGACUGACUGUAUAGCUAGAAUAUCACAUAAAGAUGGCUCAGUGCUUGGAUGGAUUCUCCUCCACAAUUUGAGAGAAGGAUUGCUACACAAUUUGAAGCAAAUUGAUGUCUUAAAUGGCAUAGCAUGGGAUAGGGAUGGUGACCGUCUUUUUGUCACAGGCAAAUGGUGGCCGAAGCUUUAUGAGAUUAAGUUGCACCCGUUGAAGACACCAUUCAACGGAGACAUUAAGCAGAUCUGCAUGCCCCCGGCAUUUCCUUUUUCAUAGUCCCCAGUGGAUAUUCUUCUGCAAAUUCUAAAUUAUUGUGUUAGUACAUCAAUUUUUUGCAGAUUUUGUAUAUGUACUUGCUGUUGGUAUAUUAACUUGUCCCAUGCCUAGAACAGAAGCAAAUUUGUAGCUGACUAGCUGCUGCCUGGUCAACUCGAUUAUUAUAUGGGCUAGAGCAAAAUGCAGCUCAAGUAGAAGAGAAACUUUACCUUAUAGCCUUACUCUCCUGCUCAUCUUUUCUUUUGACUUAUGAUAGAACUGCUACUUUAAAUUUUAUAUCCUAUUAAUGCAAAGUUUUAUUUUCACA